AUGGAUCAGGCGACCAAUGACUCUUCCCAGAAGCCGUUUUUGAAUGACAAGGGCAUCUUUCCGUGUGAUACCUGGACCAUCGAGGGCAACUACUUGAUUCGUCACCAUCGAGUACCACGUCGCAUUCUUUUCAGUCCGAAGUGUGCCCUCGACUGCCCCAUCUCUGAGGAUCGAGUGUUGGGAUCGCGUGUCACAGAGCUCAGGCCGGUGCGGCAAAAGGGUCUGACUCGCAUUCUGGAAGAUGACUGGCUCAACUCCUCGAAUCCCAACAGGGAUCUAUCAUAUCUGUGGACCGGUCGCACCCGCAUCAAGAUCAACCCGGUCAAGCUUGAACCGGCUCCUGCGACUCCUACGUCAACUGCUUCCGCAAUGGCGACCUCCUUGGCACCAGACCUCUUUCCAAGCUAUGAUGGAGACUGUUUUCCUGAUCACUGGGACAACGACCGCAAGGAGCAGUCCAAGAAGUACUACAAGGCCAUGCCGGAGGAGUUCUACACCAAGACAGGACGAAGGCCGAUCACACCAGGGAAUGUGAAAUCAUGGAUGGCUUCUGCCAAAGACCGUGGUCUUCGCUUCCAGUUUUGGGAGUGGUGUUCCGGCUCUGGACGACUCAGUCUUCUCUUGCUGAUGGCCAACUUUAUCGUGGGCUUCCCGGUCGACUACCGUUAUGGCUGGGAUCUGGCUCAUCCUCCUCACCAGCGUCUACUACGUGAAUGCCUGGUGGAGUUCAAGCCGGACAUGCUCUUUGGCGCACCUAGCUGUGGACCCUGGUCAGUUGCUUCAGCAAACAAGGACUCUGCUAAGCGAUUGGAUGAUCGCAAUCGUGAGUUGCCCACCUUGGAAUUUCUGAGUGACGUCAUGCUGUGGCAACACGAUCAAGGUCGAGCUUUUACUGCUGAACAACCUUUCGGUUCAGACAUGUUUAAAUCCAGUCCGAUGGCCAGGCUUCUGGAUCAUGAAGGUGUUCGUCUUCAACGAUUUGAUCAAUGCAUGCUGGGUGCUCAAGACGAGACUGGAAGACCUGUGCAGAAGGCCACGGGGCUCCUAAGCAAUCGCAGUUGGAAGCACAUCCGCAAGCGCUGCAAUGGCCAUAAAGGGCGAGGUCAUGGCCUGCUCCAAGGCCGCUGGAAUGGCAGCAACCGUACAGCUUUGGCAGCGGUCUAUCCCAAGCGGUUGUGCCAUGCGCUCGGCCAGGAUCUUUGGGCUCUUCUCCGGGCCGAUGGUGCUGCGUCACGGCAGUCAUGGCCGCGCUCCUUGUUUUGGCUGCGUGAGCUCUUGUACUCUUGCCAACGCUGUCAGCUUGGUCGCGGCUGCCCGGCUCACAUUGAGCAUACCUUUGUUCCUGGAGAAUGUCGCAUGGGCCAGCCGGCCAUUCGUGCAGCACGCGAGCCACCUCCUGCGCAACCACCUGCUUCUCCUGCGACUCCUGCAACACCUUCAGCACAACCACCACGUCUGCGCGUGAGUGAUCUGGAGGAUCCGACUGGUCCUUUCAAGCUGCUAGCUCGAAGUGGUGACUACAGCAUGAUUGCCUUGGCUCUGGACACUUCUGUCCGCUUCGCGCCCGAGGAGCGCUUGUACCUCAAGGCCGCCUUGGUUCAGCUCAUCCAGUCCUGCAUCGGCGUCUUUUCAGAGGCCAAUGGCAGCGACUAUGACCAUUGGCUCGAUGACCCGGUUCUGCUGCGUGUUUUUCAGGACAUCUUUGCGCCGGGGCUCAACGUUCUGGGUGUUCUUUGUUCAUUGCGGCCGUGGCGACGCAAGGUUCCUGAUCCUUAUCUUUCCUCCUCCUGCGCUCCAAUUCGGCAGCUCAUCCGUGGCAGUCUUAAGUCUUGGCAUGUGCAGGCUCCUGAGGAUAUGCGUCUCAUGUCCCACUCUCAGCUGCACGCUUCCGUAGAGGAAGCUGAUUGGCAUGUUCACGUCUUUGGCUAUGAGCCUUCAGAUACUCGUGUGGAUCGCGCUGAUGGUCGUUCCUCUGCAGCAGCCGUUCCGGUCGAAAGGAAAAAGGAUGGGCAGGCGGUAUCUUCCUCCUCUACUGCUCCACGGCAGUCAUCUUCGCCACCAGCGGAGGCAACGGCGCCAGAAGAUGAUAUACGUCCCUGGAACGAAGAUGGAGCCAUGGAAGAGGAAACUGAGCAUGCGGAGGAAGAAGAGUUCAAAGCAGUUCGACCGGACGAAGAAGAGAAGGUGCUCAAACCCCUCUUCGACUUCAAAAAGGUUUACAAGAGGCUGCAGAGCGACAUCGUGGCUAAGGAUCCGCAAAUGGCCAAGCGGCUCUUGUUGGGUCUGCGCGAGCGCUUCUACCACUGCCCGAUCGGUGAUUUUAAAAACAUGCUGCUGCGUGCUGGCCUCUCCUCUGACAUCCUGCCGUUGGCUGAAGAAGCGGUCAUGAGCUGCAGCAUUUGUCGGAAGUACGUCCGCAUGCCCAACCGUCCACAGGUCAAGAUAGGAUCUCACGCUGGAACUUUCAACCAACGAGUUCAGCUUGAUCUCUUUCAAUAUCAAGAAGUGUGGAUCCUUCUCUUGGUGGACGAGGCUACGCGGUUCAAGGCGGCUACUGACGUUGAGAGUCGCGAGUAUGGCCAUUUGCUGUCCAAGAUGCUGGACUCAUGGUUUGUGGUGUUCGGCCCUCCUCACCAAAUUGUGCUAGAUCAAGAGUCCAGCCUCAUGAGUCAUGCUGCAGGUCGAGAACUGGAGAGAUUUUCGAUAGAGCGAGUGCCAAAGGGCACGACCUCCGGCGCAGCAGGUAAGCAACAUACUGGGACAGGAUUAGUGGAAAGGCACAUUGCAUUGGUGGAGAUCACGAUGCUCAAGUUGGCUGCCGAACUUGACCGUCAGGGACUUCGUCUGACACCAGGUGAGCUGGCCAAGGAGUCCGCGAUGUCACAUAACCAAAGUCUAAACUACAACGGAGCCACGCCAUCCAUGGCUGUCUUCGGAGACAGCAGCAACAUUACGUCCGUGGCCGGGGUUCUUCAGACCGACAUCACUCCCUUUGAGAAGGCCCUCCGAAUCCGACAGCUUUCGCUUUCCAUGGUGCAACGUGCUGUGGCAGAGGACAGGAUAGCCCGAGCCGGACGCACCAGGACACACCAGCUGGACACAAACGCCCUGAUCCCAGGCACUACCACCAUUGACUUCUACCGCGAGGUUCAGGGCGAUGUGGGCUGGCGCGGACCGGCCACUCUGCUUCGACUGGACAAGGAUGAAGGCGCGGCAAUCCUCACGUACCAGGGACGACCGUACUUGGUGAGCUUACGGCACAUUAGGCCACACACACCUGGGGUCUUCCUGGUCAUGGACAGCCAACAGUCCACGGACUUCCAAUGGCUCCAAGCGAUGGCCCUCAAGCUUUCACCAUACAAGGCAGUGACCAUCGGAUGGGUUCCUGAGACAUCCAACCACUGUAUUUCGCGGCGUCGAGCAUCUUCGAGUUCUCUUUCCUACUCGGACGCAUGGUCGAAGAUAGUGUCUUUGGGCAAGGCACUUUCGAACCACAACGUUGGCGGUGCCAUGCUUGGCCAGGGAGUGCGAGUGCUUCAUCCACCAAGAGGAUCCUCUGGAGUUCUCCUGUUCUGGCGUCAAGGACAAGAAGGAUAUGGCAGUCAAGAGCACAACGAUGACUCCCCUCUGGCCAUGAAGAAGGUGACUGUCCACGACCUCGACCAGCUUGCGUUCAUCUAUGUCUUCUACUAUGUCAACGUGGCGUAUGAGCCAGCCUCCAAGCUUAAGGUGGUCCCUUCUGAAGGCGCUCUGGACUUGGCACAGCCUAUGGAUGUGGAUUCAGCCGAGAAGCUUCCAGCUCAGGUCAGCUCUUCGACAGGCACGUCCAUGGAUGUGGACGAGGCAACGGCCAAGAAGAGCAAGCUGGAAAACCUGGUGGAGUACCUUUUCUCUGAAAAGGUGGUCAGUCAGACUCAGCACAACCUCAUCAACCUCUAUUGGCUCAUGCGCCGCACCCAGAAGGUGCCACUGGACUUUCCUUCAAGCUGGCAAGCUCCCGACAACCACUUUGCCAUGGCCCAGUGGGAUAUCUACAUGAGCCGUACGUUUGCAGAGGUCAAGAAGGAGUUCGUGACCCAUAAUCAUCUGUUCGUCUGGCCUGGCAAGCACCAGGAGACUGUGUUUGCCGACCUUCUGUACGGCGAAGUGUACAAAACAGACGACGAUGUUGACAACAUCGCUGAAGAUGAGGUAUACAGCAUCUGGCCACUGGUGGAGGAGUCCGAUGCUGCCGAAAUAAAGCAGUUUGUGGACACGUGCAGCUUCCGGAAAAUGCACAUCAAUUCGUUGACUGCGGAGACAGUCCUGAUCGACUCAGUUUGGAUUAGGAAGUGGAAGCGCGUGCCGGCAGGCGACCGGCGCGUGAAGAGCCGGCUUUGUGCCCGUGGCUGUUUUGACAGCCAAAAGGAACUGCUCUCUACCAGGUCGACUACGGCAACCCGUCUAUCUCAACGUAUGCUGCUCAGCACAGCCGCAAACUCCUCCUGGGAGAUCGAAUCAUGGGACGUGAGUGGAGCCUUUCUCAAGGGUCUGUCCUUCGACAAGGUUCGCGAAAUCCUUCAGACCAAGGGCAUCGCGACUCCCGUCCGACGAGUGGCUGUGUUGGCACCGGCAAACGUUUGGAGGCACCUUGGCAACUUCAGCUCGGCCUUUCGCAUCGACCUUUCGAAGACUCACGAGUAUGUCCUCUUCUGCCUCAAGCCUAUCUAUGGGUUGAACGACGCUCCACUGGCCUGGCAGCUUUGUCUACACGGACACUUCGAGGAGCAGGGCGGUCGUGCGAGUCUUCUGGAUGAGAACCUCUUCUACUGGAAGGAAGGCGACAAGCUGAAGGCAAUCGUGACGACCCAUGUCGACGACUGCGGCGCCGGGGCCAAGCAUGAAUGGCUGACUCAGCAGCACAAACUUCUGGUUGAGAAGUUCGGCAAGGUCACCCGGCAGAUCCUUCCCUUCGUUCACUGCGGGGUGCAGUACUCCAAGAUCCCCGACGGCUUCCGGAUGACACAAGAUGACUUCUGCAAGAAGCUCAAGCCGGCAGUGAUCCCUUCGGGUCGUAAGGACCAAGACGACCUCACCCCUUCCGAGGUGACAGCCACCCGUCUCGAUUUGGUUGCGGAGGUGUGCCUGCUGCAGUCGCAAGUGACCCGUGCGAAGGUUGCACACCUCAGACAGGCCAAUAACACUGUCAAACGAGCUCAGUCUGUGGAGGCUAACCUUGGACUGCUGUUCAGGAAGCUUCGGGGUCCCCUUCGGGUCAUGUGCAUCCAUGACAGCUCAGCAGCUGCCAAUUCCCGUCAGUAUGCACAAGAAGGCAUCCUCGUCGUCUUGGCCGAGGACAAGCUACAGCAACUCAAGGAGUACGAGCACGUGCUUGACAACGACCAAGCCCGUCUUCUCGGGGGAACUGUCCACGUGCUGUGGGCUCAUGGAGCGAAGGCAAAGCGUGUCUCCUACUCCACGAGUCACGCUGAAACAUUGGCCGCCAUAUCCGGUCUCGAGGCGGCUUCCUUGGUGACGGUGAGAUUGGCUGAGCUGCUGUGUGUGCCAAAACCCAGCAUCCAAUCCCUCUUGGCUGUUCAGGAGCGAGGAGUUCGUCAACUGCCCAUCGACGAUCUGGGCGACUGUCGAGAUCUUUAUGAGUUGGUUUCGGGCGAAAGGGGCAUCACACAGGACAAGGGACAACGACUGUAUGUCCUUGCCCUACGCGAGGCUAGAAUGUCCCGACGUCUACGCUGGAUAGGGCUUGUGCCCACGGCCUCGAUGACUGCGGACGCCCUCACGAAGAGCAUGGUUGCCCGCCGAUGA